GCGGGGGCAGACAGAGGUUGCACUGCCAAAGAGCCCGGGAGAAGAAGCGUGGAGUCCUCGGGCGCCUCUUACGCGCGUUUCGAAACCUUGGCUGGGGCUGCCCCCCUUCUCCUCCGGCAGAGCGCGCGGGGUGUGUGCGGGGGUGCCUCCCUGCGAGACUAUGCUGCCCACGGAGGUCGGGGAGUUGCUGGGCUCGCCGGAGAUGGAAUUCUGGACCAGCCCGGCCUCUUACGAUGAAGUCAACGGGAAUUCGGAGCUGGAUGACAGCACUGGCUUAAUAUCCCAGGAGCUGGAGGAGGUGCUCUGUUCUGAGCGGGUUGGCAGGAUCACCAAGACCUACCAUGAUAUAGAUGCAGUCACCAGCCUGCUGGAAGAGAAGGAGCAUGACCUGGAGUUAGCUGCCCGCAUCGGGCAAUCAUUGCUGAAGCAAAACCGGAGUCUGUCAGAACACAAUGAACUCCUGGAAGAACAACUUGAAUUGGCAAAGGAAGAGAUAGCUCAGCUGCGCCACGAGAUAUCCAUGCGCGAUGACCUUCUGCAUCUCUACACCAACAGCACAGAGGAGAGUGAGCCAGCCUCUGCCAUCUCCACCCCGUUGCGAAGGAACGAAUCUGCCCUCUCUUUGCAGCAGUGUUUUCAAUAUGAUGCCCUGCAGCAGAAGCUAAAAGGGCUGGAAGAGGAGAACCAGAAACUGCGGACAGAGGUCACAAGUAUUGCCACAGAGACCUGUCAAUAUGAGGAACAGGAGCAGAAGCUGAUGAUCGACUGCGUGGAACAAUUUUCUGAUGCUAGCCGGGAAAUUGUCCUGCUCUCUGAGGAGCUUGCCCGCAAGGCAGAGGAUUCAGCACGGCAGCAGGAGGAGAUCAGCCAGCUCCUGGCGCAGAUUGUGGACCUUCAGCAGAAGUGCCGUGUGUAUGGUUCGGAAGUGGAGGAGUUGCAGCAACAUCUCGCUGCUGCCAAAGAGGACCGGCAGCAGCUACGCACAGAGCUCCGGAAGGUGCAGGAAAAGUAUGCAGAGUGUGGGGCAAUGUUGCAUGAAGCCCAGGAGGAGAUAAAAAGCCUUCGGAACCGCAGCCUCCCCAAUAGCACCAUCCACUGCCACAGUUCCCCCAUAUUCUUACCCCUGGAUUCUCUGGCUGCAGAGAUCAAGGGUACAAUGAGAAAGGGCACGGACAGUUCUGGCUCUUCAGAGUACAAGGGCUUCCGGCGGGUCUUUGAGACAGUGAAGGCUGUGAACCAGGUGGUGAAAGCAAAAUCACGGGCAGAAUCGCCACUGAGUUUUUUUCCGGGCUCUCCCAAAAUUUCAUCGGUGGGCUGCAGCCGCCUCAGCACCCCCCGCACCAGCUGCUAUGGAUCAGACAGCCCUGUUGCAGGAGGCCUGGAGGGGCAGGAUGGCCAAGCUUCUGAAGGCCUGGAUGGUGCUCGCUGGCGUGAGGCUGGUACGCCAGGCACUCCCGGUCAGCAUGACUUGGAAGCUGCCGUCCGGUGCUUGUCUGCUCGCCAGGAGAGCCACAGCCCCGAACAUUCGUUUUUUGAGAUGGAGCGCGAAUGCAAGCUGAGGCGCCUGGCUAGGGAGGCUGAGGACUCCAGUGGGUUUCUCACCCCCAAUGAGAGCAUCACAUCUACCGGCACCAACUAUUCAGGCAGCUCUGGUGGCUCUGGGUUUUCUCUGGGCUCCUUCUCUUGCUCCCCUGAUAAGCUUCAAAUCAUCAAGCCACUAGAAGGCUCCAUGACCCUCCAUCACUGGCAGCAGCUAGCCCAACCUCACCUGGCAGGAAUCCUGGACCCUCGGCCUGGUGUGCUCACCAAAGAUUUUUGGCAGCUUGACACAGACUUGGAGAAGGUCUACAAUCUUAAUGACUUAGAAGAAGAUGAUGUGGAUGCCAGCUCCUUCCCGGCCCUUGCUACGUCAACACCUGCUAAAGCCAAGGAAAGGCCUAGUGUCUUUCACUCCGUUAACAAUCUGCCCCAGACCCCGCCUACUUUCACCAUCACCACCUGUUGCAUCUUGCACCCUAGCAACGAGGUCACCAUGGUGACACCCAGUCUUUAUAAUAGAGUUGUGCCCUCUUGUGGGCCUCGCACAGGACUGAGCCCCCCUCUUCCUCCCCAGCUCCCCCUGCAGGAACAGCCUAGCCAUGAGGAGCAGCAGAAGAAGGACUCCCCUCUAGGACUGGUGACUCUGCUGACAGAGCAAGGAAUUUCGGCACAGAGCAGAGCAGGGGCAGCUGCAGCCUUGCCUGGCUUUACCAGAGGCUCAAGUGCCCUGUCUUGGCUGUCUUCUUCCUUGGGCUCGCUAUGGCGCUGCCGCUGGGAUGGCCUAGCUGAGUGGGCCUUCAGAUCGCCUCCAUUACAGCAGAGGGAAGCUGAGAAGGGCAACAACAGCAUCUUCAGUCUGAACCUGGUGGAGAAACUCCAGCGGCUGGGGCUGGACAAGGUGGUGGCGAGAGGGGAAGCCUCAUAUGCAACCUCACACCUGCAGGGGCUUCACUAGAGCAAGAGGUGUCUGCCGUGACUCUGCAAAUUGUGUUGCCCUCUGCUGGUGGGGCAUCAGUGAGAAAGAACUGGCUUCACAGGAGCUGUCUCCUGAACACUCAGACAAAGCCAACUGUGUGCCUGGAGCCUUGUGCUGGUGCUUGUAGGGACCCUGCAGGGUUGGGCGGGGGGCUCUGCCUGCAACAAUACCCUGUCACCAUUCUGUGCCCCACCUCCUGUGGAUCAGGAAAGGUGUGGAGUCUUCGUUUUGGUGUUGGCAUGCCUAUCCUUUUAGAGAAACCUCCGUAGCUUCCUUUCAUUUCCAUCAUAGGGCCCCUUGGAGUUAUGAUUCUGGGUGCCCUUUCCCCCCCUGGAGGAUUUGGAGCAUUUUUGCAAAACUACAGUUCCCAGAAGACUUUGGAAAGGCUUUGGGCUCAGGGGCAGAGGAGUGAGCCAUGCCAGUGAAACUGCUUUUAAGCUGAUCUCAUUUGGGCAUUGGAAGCGUCCCCCAGCUUCCAGUGUCUUUUCUGCCUUUGAAUCAGUCCUUGAAUCUCAUGUGAAUGCCCAAGACACAGAGUCAUCUGGGGUAGGGGACACAGAGUUGUAAGGGAAGGAGUGGCAUGGGACAUCACAGCUGUGGGUUAGAGCCUGGCAGUACCGGCAGGGGAGGCUGAACUUUGGAAAGGCUUGAAGACCCAGAUGUGUACAGUUUUAAGCUCACACAAGUUCAUUUUCUUUUCCUGCUUGCCUGCAUUAUGUCAUUGCUUUCCCUGCUAAUUCCCAUAUGAAAUGUUCUCUCUCUCUGUUUUGUAGAGUGUAGCACCUCUUGCACUUAAAGGCAAUUAGUGGGAUAAGCUGGGAUUGGGGUGAGAGGCUGGGUUUAAGGGGGUUGUUUUUGUCCAGUAGUUUUCUACCACCAAAUUUGGUGUUCUUAGCCAUAGGCAAAUGCAGUAGGGGGUCUGUUUCUGUUUCUUGCUUGGAUCUGGUGAGGUUUUCUCACUUAAAAGAUGCAGUCCCCAUUUAUUGAGGACAAGGGAGAAAGAAGGCUGACUGGGCUUUAGGUGAGCCCAUGUGACACUCCCAGACCCAUUCAGGCCAGUUCCUUCUCUGGCAGUUGUAGUCACCCACAGCUGGCUUCACCCCACAUCCUGAGCUCUCCUUUUGGGGUGGCGAAACUCCCCUCUUACUGUGUUGCUGAGAAUUUUCCUGCACUUUAUUCUCUCCCUCCCUCCACUCCGUUGCUGAAGUUUUAAUAGUGGGUUGCCCCCGCGACCACAGAAUUGUGCUGUCUGUUUCUUCCAUGCUGAAGCAGAGCUCCAUCAUGUCCCUUAAAACCUCUUCUACCCACCAGUUUUGAUGUUAUCAGGCUUGGGCAAAUAUAUGGCUGGUUCCCACGGAUGCUCUGCUUUUUCCUUUCCUUUUAUACAUGUUAACUUAAAAUUACCUCCCUCCUUGCACGUUCCUGUAUGUGUGCUGCACAAAAUAGUCAUUUGCGCGCCGGCUCCCAUUGGAUCACCAAUUUUGACACUUCCAUAUUCCUGUUCAGUUUCCUGUGUCUCCUUUUGGUGAAAUAAAUAUGGUGUUGCUGUUGCCCCUAAA